AUGGAAGAAGCCAUGAUUAAUGCAAAGGAUCAAGAAACAUCCCCUCAAAUUAAAUUGAUGGCGAUGAAAAAAACAUACAUCCCAGUUGAAUCUUCCGAACAGAAACGUGAAAUAGAAGAUGAUCAAAUGGUAGCGGAUCCGAAUGAAAUGUCACUACAAGAUAUAUUUGAAUCCGAAUUUCAUUGUUCUGAAAAUAUGAUGUUGAUCUGUGAAUACCACAAUAAAAUCUGCUCAAAUGAUUCUCUGAUUGAUUUGAGGCCCAAUUCGAUUUUUACAAAACAACUUCUUUCAAACAUUCUAGUGCCUUAUCUUGAAGAGCUCGAUAACCGGAUCGAAAGUUUGAUUCCAUCGAACAUCCACAACUUUUUAAUGAAAUUUUUCGGUCAGAAUUUAACGGGCAGUGAUUGGAAUGAUAAGAUUGAUGAUCUACAAUGUUCGGAUAAAAAUGAUCAUUUAAUGGCUUCAACGAUACGAAUCUUGCGCAGGACUUUACCAAUUUUUAUUAUGGCAUUUUCGCAAGGACCAAAUAAUCCUCUUUUGAAUUUGACUGCGUUAAAAAGAACGCAUUUAAAUGAAUUUGUGCACCCAUGUCUGCAAGUCAGCCUAUGGUACAUAUCAUCUAUAAAUUACGAGUUCGGAGAGAUAACCACGAAUAACGAUUUACAAGAAUACGCAGACGGUUUAGGAUAUUUAGACAAAUAUCGAUUAGUUUAUAUGGAAGGUUUGAGGCCAAACGACAAAGAUGAGAAAGUGGCAGAUGCUUCGAAACUCUCCAAAAACCUACAAAACAUUUUUUUAAGCGUGGUCAAUGAUAACGUAAAGUGCGGAAGAAGAAUACCCAAACCUCUGGCCAUCUUUGGUGGUCAAAGUUUUCUAACCCGAAUUCAUUUGCAAUUUAUGGAUUAUUGUGGAGGAGGAAAAUUCCGCCUUAAUGAAGUAGACAACGCCAACCUACCAUGCGACUUUACAGAGAUGGGGGAUUUCGUAUUCUUUUACGAAUGUAUUAUAAAAUGGGCCUUGCUAGCUCGGGAAGUCAAGGAAGCUUUUGAGGUAUAA